UGAUGGCGACAGCAACGUGAACGUACAGUCCCACUCCCAGAUCCUACUUUGCCAAAGUCUGCCUAAGGCCAUAUACCGACAGAGCGACUGCGUAGAGCUGCGUACCAAUAGCUUUCGCAUGAUUGUUUUUAUAUAAUCUGGGCAACAUGUUCAACGCCUUACCAUCCGCCCUGGCACUCCUCGCCGUCCUCCUUCUCGCGCAGACUGGUCCAGCCAAAGCAUACAAACCUCUCUCCGACAGCUUCCUACGUGCCAUACCAUCACCUGCUCAAGACAUUGAUCCAAAAGAUGGGGGACUGCUCGCACCGAUUCUCAUCCCACGCGUUCCGGGAACCCCGGGCCAAAUCGUAGCGCAGCAGCAUUUCGUCAACUAUUUCCAGAAACAAUUGCCAAAUUGGGGCUUCGAUUGGCAGAAUAGCACAUCUACAACCCCAACAUCGGGAGGCACCGAGCUGCCGUUCGCGAACUUGAUAUUUAAGCGUGAGCCACCGUGGGUCAAGCCGGGGCAGGCGAAUUUGCUCACGUUGGUUGCGCAUUACGACUCAAAGUACCAACCGGAUGGCUUCAUUGGCGCAACAGACAGUGCCGCCCCGUGUGCCAUGAUGAUGUUCGUCGCUAAAGUGGUAGAUGGAUAUGUGCAGCGCAUGUACGACGAGAUGGAAGAACUCCAAGAAGGUGGCACAGUAGAAAUGGACAUGGGUGUCCAGAUUCUAUUCUUGGAUGGUGAAGAAGCAUUUGAUAGGUGGACAGAUGACGAUAGUCUGUAUGGAUCGAGGGCCUUGGCACAGCAAUGGUCUGUCUCACCCAACCCACCGUCCGCCAAAUUUUACAAGUACCGCACUCCACUCGAGCAGAUAUCUCUCUUCCUGCUCCUCGACCUCCUCGGUUCCGCCUCACCCCGUGUACCCUCGUAUUUCCCCACCACGCAUUGGGCAUAUAAAUGCCUCUCCACUAUUGAGACGCGGAUGCGCGACCUUGGACUACUCGAGUCGACGCCUUCUGAGGCCUUCUUGCCAGACGUUAACGGAACGCAAGCAUGGGGUGGGAUAGAGGACGACCAUUUGCCGUUCAUCAGCAAAGGCGUGGAUAUUUUGCACGUAAUACCAAGUCCGUUUCCGGCCGUAUGGCACACAAGCGAGGAUGACGGAGAUCACCUAGAUAUGCCGACGACCCGGGAUUGGGCGAAGAUAGUGGCGGCGUUCACGUUAGAGUGGUUAGACAUGAUGGAAGUCUGGGAUGAGCCUGAAGUAGGACCAUGA